AUGGCACCGCGACGACCCGACAAGAAGUCGAAAAAGCGGGCGAAAGCCGCCGGCACCCGAUCUGAGGACAGCGGCGGCGACUCGAAACCCAGCUCGCCCCAAAUCCUCGUCAAGGCGGCCGAGUACCAGUUACAAGAAGGCAACAUCCAGGAUGCCGCGACACUGGCAGAGAAAGCCCUCGAACAAUCGGCAGCAGGAUCCGACGAUGCGCUGUCGGCGCUGAACCUGGCGGGGCAGAUCAGCCUCGAAAUGGGCGCGUUGGAGACGGCGCGGGCGUAUUUCGUGCGCGCGGCCGCGCUCGACGAGGAUGGCGCCAAGGACGAGAGCAUAGGCGGCGGGCCGGAGAAGUUCCUGUGUCUGGCGCAGCUGAGCGAGGAGGGCGGUCGCGACAGCGUGACGUGGUUCGAGAAGGGCGCGGCGGCGCUGAAGCUGCAGAUCCAGACACUCGAGGACAGCAGCUCGAAUAAGCGGCGGAAAAUAAGUGGCGGCAACGACGAGAGGGAGGCGACGGCGGCGCUCGAGGACCUCAAGAAGAAGCUCGCCAUGACGCUGUGCUCCGUCGCCGAGGUGUACAUGACGGAUCUGUCGUGGGAGGAGGACGCCGAGGCGCGGUGCGAGGCCCUCACGACCGAGGCGACGCUGGUGGCGCCCGACUUUGCCGAGACGUGGCAGACGCUGGCCAACGUGCGCAUCUCGCAGUCGCGGACCGAGGACGCGCAGGCGGCGCUCACGAGGAGUCUGGACCUGUGGAAAGACCUGCCGCCCGAGGAUCCGUCUGUGCCCGACUUUCCCAGUCGCGUCGCCCUGGCCCGUCUGCUGAUGGAGGUUGACAUGGAGCAGGAGGCCAUCGAGGUGUUGGAGCGGCUCGUCGGCGAGGACGACCAGAGCGUCGAGACCUGGUAUCUUGGCGGCUGGGGUCUGUACGUGAUGGGCGAGAAGCAGAAAGCGAAGAAGGCGAACGAGGAGGAGUGGAAGGCGUCGUGGAUCUCGAGUCGCGUGUGGCUAAAUCAAUGUCUCCAUUUGUACGCAAUACAAGAGUACGAAGACGACCGGUUAGGAGAGCAUGCGAAGGAACUGCUCGCUGCUAUUGCCAAGGAGCUCGGCGAGGCACCAGCUGGAGCUGAUGAUGACGACGACGACGACGACGAGGGAUGGGAGGACGACAGCGAUGAGGAGAUGCAGGAGUGA